AUGCGCAGACCGAGGCCGGGAGGGGGUGCGGGCGGCUGCGCGGCUGCGCGGGCGCGUGGUGGCGGCGGUGGCGGCGGUGGCGGCGGCCGUGGCCGUGGUAACUCAGUCCCGGCCCGCGCCCGCGGCGCCCCCGCUGCGGCCGGAGCGGCCUGGCUGCGGGAUCUGAGCGCAGCCAUGGCGCGGCCACCGCAGCAGCGCCUGGGGGUCUGGGCGCCGCUGCUCUUGCUGCUGCUGGAGGGGCCCGCCGCCUGCGCUGCCAGCCCCGCGGACGACGGCGCGGGCCCGGGGGGCCGGGGACCCCGGGGCCGAGCGCAGGGGAACGCGGGCGCCGACGACUCAGUGCCGCGCCACGACUCCUCCUACGGCACCUUCGCGGGGGAGUUCUACGACCUGCGCUACCUGUCGGAGGAGGGUUACCCUUUCCCUACUGCUCCUCCCGUGGAUCCGUUUGCCAAAAUCAAAGUGGACGACUGUGGAAAAACUAAGGGAUGCUUUAGAUAUGGCAAGCCAGGCUGUAAUGCGGAGACCUGUGACUACUUCCUUAGCUACCGGAUGAUAGGGGCUGACGUGGAAUUUGAGCUGAGCGCAGACACAGAUGGCUGGGUAGCAGUUGGAUUCUCUUCAGACAAGAAAAUGGGUGGUGACGAUGUCAUGGCCUGUGUCCAUGAUGACAAUGGCAGGGUCCGCAUACAGCACUUCUACAAUGUAGGCCAGUGGGCAAAGGAGAUUCAGAGAAAUCCUGCCAGAGAUGAAGAAGGAGUUUUUGAGAAUAAUCGUGUCACCUGCAGAUUUAAACGCCCUGUGAAUGUUCCCCGAGAUGAAACAAUUGUUGAUCUGCAUUUGAGUUGGUAUUAUCUGUUUGCAUGGGGUCCAGCCAUUCAGGGCUCUAUCACCCGACAUGAUAUAGACUCACCGCCAGCUUCAGAGCGUGUUGUCAGUAUUUACAAGUAUGAAGAUAUUUUUAUGCCAUCAGCUGCCUAUCAAACCUUCUCUUCUCCGUUUUGUUUGCUUCUGAUUGUUGCUCUGACCUUCUACUUGUUGAUGGGAACCCCUUAA